AUGGAUCGGCACCGGCCGCGGCUGCACCCCGCCACCCCGGGCGCCUCUGCCGGGGUCCCCCAGCCCUCCUCGGUCUCGCUCCGCAGCUGCCGGCAGAGCAAGACGCAGCGCCGGAAGGGCCCCCCGUACCCGCCGCCCCCCGGAGGCCCGGAGGAACCUGGGGAGAAGCGCCCGAAAUUUCAUUUAAAUAUUAGGACACUGACAGAUGACAUGCUGGACAAAUUUGCCAGCAUAAGAAUUCCAGGGAGCAAGAAAGAGAGACCUCCUAUUUCCAGCUUGAAGACUGCAUUUGCAAGUAAUGAUAGUUCUUCAGAGAUGACAGAAAACAUUCCAAAGCCAUUGUCAGAGAACGAAGUCUUAGAACUUUUUGAAAAGAUGAUGGAAGAUAUGAAUUUAAAUGAAGAUAAAAAGGCACCAUUGCGGGAAAAGGACUUCAGUAUCAAAAAAGAAAUGGUGAUGCAGUACAUUAAUACUGCUUCCAAGACAGGAAGUCUUAAGAGGAGGCGGCAGAUUUCACCUCAGGAAUUCAUCUAUGAACUGAAAAUUGGCUCCGUGGAUGAGAGACUUGUCACGUGCCUAGAAUCACUCCGAGUGUCUUUAACUAGUAACCCUGUGAGUUGGGUGGAAAGCUUUGGGCAUGAAGGACUUGGAUUAUUACUGGACAUUUUGGAGAGACUGAUUAGUGGCAAAAUGCAAGACAAAAUUGUGAAGAAGAAUCAGCACAAAGUCAUACAGUGUCUAAAGGCUUUGAUGAACACACAGUACGGCUUGGAAAGAAUUAUGAGUGAAGAGAGAAGUCUGUCAUUAUUAGCCAAAGCCAUCGAUCCAGAGUAUCCCAAUAUGAUGACUGAUGUGGUGAAACUCCUUUCUGCAGUAUGCAUUGUAGGAGAGGAAAACAUCCUUGAAGAAGUUUUAGAAGCUUUAACAUCAGCUGGAGAAGAAAGAAAUAUUGACAGAUUUUCUUCUAUUGUGGAAGGUCUUCAGCACAAUUCUGUUCAAUUGCAAGUGGCGUGUAUGCAGCUCAUCAAUGCCCUUGUUACAUCUCCCGAUGAUUUGGACUUAAGGCUUCAUAUCAGAAAUGAAUUUAUGCGUUGUGGAUUGAAAGAGAUAUUGGAAAAUUUAAAGCAUAUUAGAAAUGAUGGCCUGGAUAUCCAACUUAAAGUCUUUGAUGAGCAUAAAGAAGAAGAUUUGAUUGAGUUCUCCCAUCGCCUUGAUGAUAUUAAAGCUGAAUUUGAUGAAGUGCAUGAUGUUUACAAUACAAUAUGGAGCAUAGUUAAGGAAACUAGAGCAGAGGGAUAUUUUCUUUCUAUUCUUCAGCACCUUUUGCUGAUUCGAAAUGAUUACUUAGUAAGGCAACAGUAUUUCAAAUUAAUUGAUGAGUGUGUGUCUCAGAUUGUAUUGCAUAAAGAUGGGAUGGAUCCUGAUUUCACAUAUCGAAAAAGACUAGAUUUAGAUUUGGGUCAAUUUGUUGAUAUUUGCAUUGAUCAAGCCAAACUAGAAGAGUUUGAAGCGAAAGCAUCAGAAUUUUAUAAGAAAUUUGAAAAAGAGUUUACUGACCACCAAGAAACUCAGGCUCAGUUGCAGAAAAAAGAGGCAAAGAUUAAUGAGCUUCAAGCAGAGUUACAGGCUUUUAAAUCUCAGUUUGGUGCGUUACCACCAGAUGCAAACAUAUCUUUGCCUUCAUCAACAGAAAAUCCAAGUGGGCACGCAGCUCCUCCCCCUCCCCCACCAAUGACCUUAUGUGGUGGAGCACCACCCCCGCCACCCCCUCCUCCUCCUCCGCCUCCUCCUCCUCCGCUUCCAGGAAUGAUGCCAUUUGGUGGGCCUGUGCCGCCGCCACCUCCCCUGGGAUUUCUCAGUGGGCAAAACUCUGCGCUACCUCCAAACUUGCCGUUUGGGUUAAAACCAAAGAAAGAAUUUAAACCUGAAACCAACAUGAGAAGAUUGAAUUGGUUAAAGAUCAGACCUCAUGAAAUGACUGAAAACUGUUUUUGGAUAAAAGCAAACGAAAUUAAGUAUGAAAAUGUGGAUUUGCUUUUCAAACUAGAGAACAUAUUUUGUUGCCAACAAAAAGAGAGAAGAGAAGAGGAAGAUCUUGAAGAAAGAAAAGCUCUUAAAAAAAAAAUUAAAGAACUUAAAUUUCUGGAUUCUAAAAUUGCUCAGAACCUUUCAAUCUUCCUGAGUUCUUUUCGGGUGCCAUAUGAGGAAAUCAAAAUGAUGAUAUUGGAAGUGGAUGAAACACACUUGGCAGAGUCUAUGAUUCAGAAUUUAAUCAAACAUCUGCCUGAUCAAGAUCAAUUAAAUUCAUUGUUUCAAUUCAAGAGUGACUAUAACAAUUUAUGUGAACCUGAGCAAUUUGCUGUUGUGAUGAGCAAUGUGAAGAGACUGCGGCCACGGCUCAGUGCGAUUCUCUUUAAGCUGCAGUUUGAAGAGCAGGUGAACAACAUCAAACCUGACAUCAUGGCUGUCAGUGCUGCCUGCGAAGAGAUAAAGAAGAGCAAAAGCUUUAGCAAGUUGCUGGAACUUGUAUUGCUAAUGGGAAACUACAUGAACGCUGGCUCCCGGAAUGCACAAACCUUCGGAUUUAACCUUAGCUCUCUCUGUAAACUAAAAGAUACAAAGUCAGCAGACCAGAAAACAACACUACUUCAUUUUCUGGUGGAAGUAUGUGAAGAAAAGUAUCCUGAUAUCUUGAAUUUUGUGGAUGAUUUGGAAAACUUAGACAAAGCUAGUAAAGUCUCUGUAGAAACGCUGGAAAAGAAUUUGAAGCAGAUGGGAAGGCAGCUCCAACAGCUUGAGAAAGAUUUGGAAACCUUUCCCCCUCCUGAGGACUUGCAUGAUAAGUUUGUGACAAAGAUGUCUAGCUUUGUUAUUGCUGCAAAAGAACAAUAUGAGAAACUUUUCAAGUUGCAUAAAAACAUGGAGAAGUUAUACCAGAGUGCAAUGGGGUAUUAUGCCAUUGAUGUGAAGAAGGUGUCUGUGGAAGAGUUUUUAACUGACUUGAAUAACUUCAGAACCACAUUCAUGCAAGCAGUAAAGGAGAAUGUCAGAAAAAGAGAAGCGGAGGAGAGAGAAAAACGUGCCAGAAUAGCAAAAGAAUUGGCAGAAAAAGAAAGAAUUGAACGCCAACAAAAGAAAAAGCUCUUAUUAGAAGUGAAGACUGAGGGUGAUGAGACAGGAGUGAUGGAUAGUCUGCUGGAGGCCUUGCAAUCAGGAGCUGCCUUCCGAGACCGAAGGAAAAGGACACCCAAACCAAAAGAUAUACGGCAAAGUCUCAGUCCGAUGUCUCAGAGGCCUGUUCUCAAAGUUUGUAACCAUGAAAAUCAAAAAUUGCAGCUGACAGAAGGGUCACGUUCACACCAGAGUAUCAAUUGCAACUCAACCAGGACUCAAGUCACCAAGGAGCUUAAUUAUAAUCUAGACACUCAUACAUCUACAGGGAGGAUCACGGCAGCUGAGAAGGAAACCCGUAAUGUAGAAAGCAGCAGAAAAAAGGAAAUGGAACUUCUUGGCACUAUUCCUAAAAAUGAAUCCAUUCCUGAAGUUGAAGCCUUGCUGGCAAGAUUACGAGCUUUAUAAAUUAAACUGGUAAAAAUGA